AGCACUUCAGGGUUGUGGUAUCUUUCAUACCAGCUGAAGCUGAACGCUCGCCGGUGCAGAGCUGGGAUAUCAUCCAAGCACGUUUGGGGACGGAGUUUCAAAGCCCUGAGAUCGUAAAAACCAGGAAGCCACUGGCGUUGGAUCUUGUAUUUUGGAACAACAGAGAGCAUCCAAGGCUGUCCACGUACUCCUAAGGAAAUUGAAAGCCCUUUAGGUCAAGAUGGACACCAACCUUAAGGACGGCGGUGUGAAGCAAAAUGCCUGCACAAAAGUCCAUGAACCUGUGGCUGGUAUAUUUCUGGAAAAGACAAAGACAAAGAUAACCAUAUAUGAAGCCAUGAAGAAGCGUAUGCUUAAGCCAGGAACAGCACUGGCUCUGCUUGAAGCACAAGCUGCCACAGUAGGUAUUGUAGAUCCAGUAAGCAACCAAAAGCUUCCUGUAGAGGAUGCUGUUAAAAAGGGAAUAGUUGGAUCAGAGAUGAAAGACAAACUCCUUAAAGCAGAAAAAGCCAUCACUGGGUAUGUAGACCCCUACACCAACCAAAUGAUAUCUGUAUUCCAAGCUAUGCAAAAAGAUUUAGUUCCAAAAGAUUAUGGAUUGAGGCUGCUGGAAGCACAGAUAGCCACAAAAGGCCUGUUUGAUCCUGUCGAUAAGACAAAUAUUUCAGUUGACUCUGCAAUUCAGAAGGGCUACUAUGAAAAAGAUUUGCUGAAGGACCAAAUGUCAGAGCUCAGAGUGUUUUAUCAUCCAACUUUGCAACAAAAUCUUAACUACAGAGGCCUCCAAAAGCAAUGCAUCGUGGAGCCCGAUACAGGCCUGUUGCUUCUUCCUGUCUGCAUCACCUUCAAAGGUCUGCGCAAAGGCAUUUCCUCCACCGAGCUCCUUGAAUCAAAGAUCAUCGACAAAGAAACAUAUGAUAACCUGCAAAAGGGGAAGACCACAACACAGGACGUGAUGUUGAUUGAAACAGUGAAAGAAUACCUGGAAGGCAAAGGCAGCAUUGCAGGCAUUGCUAUACUCCCAACCAAUCAGAGAAUGAGCAUUUAUAAAGCCAUGAAGCAAGGCAUACUGAUGCCUGGGACAUCACUUGUUCUCUUGGAGGCACAAGCUGCUACUGGAUACAUGAUUGAUCCUGUAGAAAAUAAAAAGUACACUGUGGAUGAAGCUGUCAAAAGCAAACUUAUUGGCCCAGAAUAUCAUGCAAAGCUGCUCUCUGCUGAGCGGGCAGUGACCGGAUACAAAGACCCAUACACCAGUGAAACUAUAUCCCUGUUUCAAGCACUCUCAAAAGACCUCAUCGUCAAACAACAUGGAAUCCGCCUACUUGAAGCACAAAUUGCUACAGGUGGAAUAAUUGAUCCAAUCAACAGUCACAGACUUCCUACAGAAGUGGCCCUUAAGAGAGGUUAUUUUGAUGAACAAAUGAAUGCCAUAUUGGAGGAUUCAGGGGAUGACACAAAAGGCUUUUUUGAUCCAAACACAGAAGAAAAUCUAACCUAUCUUCAGUUGAUGGAAAGGUGUGUCACUGAUCCUGCUACUGGACUCUGCCUCCUUCCUUUGCGUGAUAAAUCAGAUGGGCUAAAUUUUGAUUUCAUUGACUACCAAACUAAAACAGCCUUCAAGAUGGAGAAAGUGAAAGUGACAUAUGGCAAAUAUACAGGAAUGACAGUAUCUCUGUGGGAACUUCUGAUGUCAGAAUAUUUUGAUGAAAACCAGAGGCAAGACAUCUUUCGAAAAUACAGAGAGGGGAAGAUAACUAUCAAGAUGAUCAUUUCAACAGUUCUGGAAGUGAUAGAAAAGUCAGUGAAAACAACUCAAGUCGUCUUUGAAGGUAUCAGAGACACUGUUACAGCCAAGCAGCUUGUGGAAGCCGAUAUCAUUAGUCAGGAGGUCCUAGAGGACCUGAAGAAGGGAAAGAAGUCAGUGAAGGAAGUCAUUGAAGAUGAAAAUGUAAAUGUGUACUUAAAAGGUAAAGACAGCAUCGCAGGUAUUAUGCUUCCUGAUUCUCAAAUCAUGACCAUCUACCAGGCCAAACAGAAAGGAAAGCUGAUGCCAGGAACUGCUCUGAUUCUACUGGAGGCACAGGCAGCAACAGGGUUCAUUAUUGACCCUAUUGGAAAUAGAAAGUUUUCAGUUGAUGAUGCUGUCAAAGCAAAGAUUGUGGGGCCUGAUGUGUGUCAAAAGCUGCGAUCGGCAGAGAAAGCGGUUACUGGAUACAAAGAUCCAUACACUGGAGAAAUAAUUUCUUUGUUCCAAGCAAUGCAAAAAGACCUGAUCCUAAAAGACCAUGGCAUUAGGCUCCUGGAGGCCCAAAUUGCCACUGGUGGGAUCAUCGACCCAGUGAACAGCCAUCGCAUACCUGUCCAUGUGGCCUAUAAGAAGGGGUACUUUAAUGAAGAAAUGAAUCAGAUCCUGGAUGAUCCAAGUGAUGACACCAAGGGAUUCUUUGACCCCAACACCCACGAGAACCUGACAUACUUGCAGCUCAUGGCCAGAUGUGUAACAGAUCCUAGUACAGGCCUGUGCCUCUUACCUCUCAAAGGCAAGAGCAACAAAAUAAAGAUAGAUGACAACAUUAGGGAAUUGUUUAAAACAACAAUAGUUACUGUAAAGUACGGUAGGUUCAAGGGCAAACGCACAACAUUGUGGGAUCUUAUCAACUCAGAAUAUCUGUCUGAAGACAAACGACAGGAGUUUUUCAAGCUCUUCAGGUCAAAGAAAAUCACAAUUCAGCAACUAACUGAGACCAUUGUAGAGAUCAUUGAGAGUAAGGAGAUACGACAGCAAGAAGGACUGAAGUUUGAAGGUCUCAGAGGAGAAGUCUCUGCUGUGGAUCUUUUGGAUCUUAAAAUUGUGGAUAAAAACACCUACAACAGUUUGAUCACUGGAAACAUGACAAGCAGUGAUGUGAUGAAAAUGGACAGUGUGAGAGCCUACCUACAAGGAAAAAGCUGUGUAGCUGGGUUGAUACUGCAACCUUCAAAUAAAAAACUAAGCAUUCACGAGGCACAGAGAAUUGGCAUUCUUGCACCUGGGACUGCCCUUUGCCUCCUUGAAGCACAAGCAGCUACAGGAUUUGUUGUUGAUCCUCUGAAUAACAAAAAACUUACAGUUGAACAAGCUCUCAAAGAAAAGUUGAUUAGUCCACAGAUGUAUGAAAAACUUUUGUCUGCGGAAAGAGCAGUCACUGGUUACAAAGAUCCAUACACAGGUCAGAAGAUCUCGCUCUUCCAAGCGUUGAAAAAAGAUCUUAUUGUCAACCAGCAUGGCAUUCGUUUACUUGAGGCCCAGAUUGCUACAGGUGGUAUCAUCGAUCCCUUAAAGUGUCUCCACUUACCCCUUGAAGUUGCAUACAAGAAGGGAUAUUUUGAUGAAGAACUUAAUCAAAUCCUAACAGACCCAACUGAUGACACAAAGGGCUUUUUUGACCCAAACACAAAAGAAAAUCUGACAUACAUGGAGAUGUUGGGGAGAUGUGUGAAAGACAAGGAAACUGGACUGUUUCUCCUGCCACUGAAUGACACACCAAAAGCUACAGCUACAAAGAAAAAGAUAUAUUCUGACACAGAGAUUAAGGAAGAGUUUGAAAAGACAAGUGUCAGCAUAUCUGUAGGACACUAUUCUGGAAAAUCGGUUACUCUAUGGGACUUGAUUCAUUCUGGCUACUUUACUGAGGAUCAGCGACUUGAACUGAUUGAAAAGUACAGAACAAGGCAGAUUAGUACCCAGACCAUAAUCACAUUAGUGAUUACCACAAUAGAAAAACUGGAGAAGACUGAAACUCCCAAAAUGAUAAUGGGUCUGAGAAAGCAUGUCACUGCAAAACAACUACUGGAUUCUGAAAUCAUUGAUGCAGAAACAUUUAAACAGGUGAAAGAAGGAAAACUCAAUUUAGAAACAAUAGCGCAGAGUGAACCUGUGAGAGGAUACCUAAAAGGAUCUGGAAGCAUUGCUGGAGUGAAGGUUUAUCCAUCCCAGAAAGUGAUGAGCAUAUAUGAAGCAAGAAAUGAAGACCUGUUGACACCUGGCAUUGCACUUCUACUACUUGAAGCUCAAGCUGCAACAGGAUGGAUCAUUGAUCCCCUCAAAAAUGAGUUCCAUGCUGUGGAAGAGGCUGUAAAAGGAAGACUGAUUGGGCCAGAUGUACGUGAGCAACUUCUCUCAGCUGAACGAGCUGUCACUGGGUAUAAAGAUCCAUAUACAGAUGUGACAAUAUCACUGUUUGAAGCCAUGCAAAAAAAGCUGAGAGAAAGAAGCUAUGGCCUUCGGAUACUUGAUGUGCAGAUAGCAACAGGAGGAAUUAUUGACCCAAAUCAAAGUCACAGACUGCCAAUUCAUAUUGCUAUCAAAAAAGGAUGUCUGGAUGAAGAAACUCAAAAAAUUCUGUUGAACCCCACAGAUGAUGAAAAAGGAUUCUUUGACCCAAAUACCAAAGAAAAACUGUCAUACAGUCCGCUCAUGAAUAGAUGUGAGAAAGAUGAUAAAACUGGGCUACUUCUCCUACCGCUGCUUGAAGAAAAAGCCCGUGUAUUUCACACAGAUGAGCAAAUCGAGCAUGCUUUGAAAAACAAAAUGAUGACCUUGAAUGUGGGAAAAUUUAAAAACAAGGAGGUCACACUGUGGGAAGUGCUGCUAUCUGAAUACAUAUCAGAACAAAAAAGGGAGCAGCUUAUACAGCAAUACCGGACAGGAGUGACCAAAAUUGAGGAGAUGAUUGAAAUACUCACAGUUAUAGUCACAGAGGUAUCAUCCAAGGAAAGAAAGUUCAAAGGACUACGAAAACAAGUCUCAGCCAGUGAAUUAUUUGAGUCAAAGAUCAUCUCAAAGGACCUUUUCACCCAAAUUAUAAAAGGUGAAGUAACAGAAGAAACUGUUGUCAAAAUGGAAAAUAUUCAGAAGUAUCUUGGAGCAACAAACUGUAUAGCAGGUGUGAGAGUUGAAUCAACAAAAAAGAUGAUGAGCAUCUAUGAAGCUAAAAGCAAAGGUCUGCUGACUCCAGGUACAUCUCUGGUUCUGCUGGAAGCCCAAGCUGCCACAGGCUUCAUCAUUGACCCAAUCAACAACAAGAAACUUUCUGUAGAAGAAGCUGUGGCUCAAGGAGUGGUUGGGAAGGAGUGGGAAAAAAAACUGAUCUCAGCAGAAAGGGCAGUGACAGGAUACAAAGAUCCGUACACUGGACAAACAAUUUCUUUGUUCCAGGCCUUGAAAAAGGAUCUCAUUGUGAAAGAUCAUGGAAUUCGUCUCCUUGAAGCUCAAAUUGCAACUGGAGGCAUAAUCGAUCCAGUCCAUAGCCAUCGAGUCCCCAUACAGGUGGCAUAUCAGAGAGGUUACUUUGAUGAAGAAAUGAACCAGAUUUUAUCUGAUGCUGAUGAUGACACCAAGGGCUUCUUUGACCCCAACACUCAGGAGAACCUCACAUAUCUCCAGCUGAUUGAGAGGUGCGUCAGAGACCCAAAUACAGAGCUUAACUUACUGUCUAUUGUGAAGAAAGGAGAGUUUUACUUCUUUGUGGAUGAGGCAACUAAAUGUAUUCUGAAGUCUACAACAACAACCCGAGCUGAAGGAAAAUACAGAGGCCAAACAGUGUCUCUCUGGGAUCUGCUCUAUUCCAAAUACAUCACUGAGGAGAAGCGGAGAGACCUUGUGCAACAGUACAAGGCUGGAUCAAUCACAAUAGAGCGCUUUUUAGAAAUCAUCCUGACAAUCAUUGAGCAGCAUACACAAGACACAACCUCAUCAUCUCCUUCAAUUGUCAUGUCCCAACCACCAGAAACUAAAGUAGAUGGUAGCACAACAAAAACUACUGUAACCACAACAAUUACAGAAACUAGUGAAGUUGAAAAGUUCCAUGGAAUCAGAAAAGAUGUCUCUGCUACUGAGCUGCUCAAAUCCAAAAUCAUUGAUGAGAAACUCUACAAAGACAUUAGCGCUGGAAAAGUUACAGUAACAGAAGUAAGUGAAAUGGAUUCAGUGCGCAAAUACCUUGAGGGGACCAACAGCAUUGCAGGAGUUUAUCUUCAGUCCACCCACGAAACCCUCAGUAUCUAUGAAGCUAAAAGCAAAGGUCUGCUGACUCCAGGUACAUCUCUGGUUCUGCUGGAAGCCCAAGCUGCCACAGGCUUUAUCAUUGACCCAGUCAACAACAAAAAGCUUUCUGUAGAGGAAGCUGUGGCUCAAGGAGUGGUUGGGAAAGACUGGGAAAAAAAACUGAUCUCAGCAGAAAAGGCAGUGACAGGAUACAAAGAUCCGUACACUGGAAAAACAAUUUCUUUGUUCCAGGCCUUGAAAAAAGAUCUCAUUGUGAAAGAUCAUGGAAUUCGUCUCCUUGAAGCUCAAAUUGCAACUGGAGGAAUAAUUGACCCAGUGCACAGUCACAGAGUGCCUGUACAAGUGGCAUAUGAAAGAGGUUACUUUGAUGAAGAAAUGAACCAGAUUUUAUCGGAUCCUGAUGAUGACACCAAGGGCUUCUUUGACCCCAACACUAAGGAGAACCUCACAUACCUCCAGCUGGUUGAGAGGUGUAUUACAGAUCCCAUUACAGGCCUCAGUUUACUUGUCAUUGUCAAGAAAGGAGAGUUUUACUUCUUUGUGGAUGAGGCAACUAAACGUAUUCUGAAGUCUACAACAACAACCCGAGCUGGAGGAAAAUACAGAGGAAAAACAGUGUCUCUCUGGGAUCUACUCUACUCCAAAUAUAUAAUUGAAGAGAAGCGGAGAGACCUUGUGCAACAGUACAAGGGUGGAUCAAUCACAAUAGAGCGCUUUUUAGAAAUCAUCCUGACAAUCAUUGAGCAGCAUACACAAGACACAACCUCAUCAUCUUCUUCAAUUGUCAUGUCCCAACCACCAGAAACUAAAGCAGAUAGUAGCACAACAAAAACUACCAUCACCACUACAAUUACAGAAACUAGUGAAGUUGAAAAGUUCCAUGGAAUCAGAAAGGAUGUCUCUGCUACUGAGCUGCUCAAAUCCAAAAUCAUUGAUGAGAAACUCUACAAAGAUCUUAGCGCUGGAAAAGUUACAGUAACAGAAGUAAGUGAAAUGGAUUCAGUGCGCAAAUACCUUGAGGGGACCAACAGCAUUGCAGGAGUUUAUCUUCAGUCCACCAAAAAGACAAUGAGUAUCUAUGAAGCUAAAAGCAAAGGUCUGCUGACUCCAGGUACAUCUCUGGUUCUGCUGGAAGCCCAAGCUGCCACAGGCUUUAUCAUUGACCCAGUCAACAACAAAAAGCUUUCUGUAGAGGAAGCUGUGGCUCAAGGAGUGGUUGGGAAAGAGUGGAAAAACAAACUGAUCUCAGCAGAAAGGGCAGUGACAGGAUACAAAGAUCCGUACACUGGAAAAACAAUUUCUUUGUUCCAGGCCUUGAAAAAAGAUCUCAUUGUGAAAGAUCAUGGAAUUCGUCUCCUUGAAGCUCAAAUUGCAACUGGAGGAAUAAUUGACCCAGUGCACAGUCACAGAGUGCCUGUACAAGUGGCAUAUGAAAGAGGUUACUUUGAUGAAGAAAUGAACCAGAUUUUAUCGGAUCCUGAUGAUGACACCAAGGGCUUCUUUGACCCCAACACUAAGGAGAACCUCACAUACCUCCAUCUAGUUGAGAGGUGUAUUACAGAUCCCAUUACAGGCCUCAGUUUACUUGUCAUUGUCAAGAAAGGAGAGUUUUACUUCUUUGUGGACGAGGCAACUAAACGUAUUCUGAAGUCUACAACAACAACCCGAGCUGGAGGAAAAUACAGAGGUCAAACAGUGUCUCUCUGGGAUCUACUCUACUCCAAAUACAUCACUGAGGAGAAGCGGAGAGACCUUGUGCAACAGUACAAGGCUGGAUCAAUCACAAAAGAGCGCUUUUUGGAAAUCAUCCUGACAAUCAUUGAGCAGCAUACACAAGACACAACCUCAUCAUCUUCUUCAAUUGUCAUGUCCCAACCACCAGAAACUAAAGCAGAUAGUAGCACAACAAAAACUACUGUAACCACAACAAUUACAGAAACUAGUGAAGUUGAAAAGUUCCAUGGAAUCAGAAAAGAUGUCUCUGCUACUGAGCUGCUCAAAUCCAAAAUCAUCGAUGAGAAGCUCUACAAAGAUCUUAGCGCUGGAAAAGUUACAGUAACAGAAGUAAGUGAAAUGGAUUCAGUGCGCAAAUACCUUGAGGGGACCAACAGCAUUGCAGGAGUUUAUCUUCAGUCCACCCACGAAACCCUCAGUAUCUAUGAAGCUAAAAGCAAAGGUCUGCUGACUCCAGGUACAUCUCUGGUUCUGCUGGAAGCCCAAGCUGCCACAGGCUUUAUCAUUGACCCAGUCAACAACAAAAAGCUUUCUGUAGAGGAAGCUGUGGCUCAAGGAGUGGUUGGGAAAGACUGGGAAAAAAAACUGAUCUCAGCAGAAAAGGCAGUGACAGGAUACAAAGAUCCGUACACUGGAAAAACAAUUUCUUUGUUCCAGGCCUUGAAAAAAGAUCUCAUUGUGAAAGAUCAUGGAAUUCGUCUCCUUGAAGCUCAAAUUGCAACUGGAGGAAUAAUUGAUCCAGUGCACAGUCACAGAGUGCCUGUACAAGUGGCAUAUGAAAGAGGUUACUUUGAUGAAGAAAUGAACCAGAUUUUAUCGGAUCCUGAUGAUGACACCAAGGGCUUCUUUGACCCCAACACUAAGGAGAACCUCACAUACCUCCAUCUAGUUGAGAGGUGUAUUACAGAUCCCAUUACAGGCCUCAGUUUACUUGUCAUUGUCAAGAAAGGAGAGUUUUACUUCUUUGUGGACGAGGCAACUAAACGUAUUCUGAAGUCUACAACAACAACCCGAGCUGGAGGAAAAUACAGAGGUCAAACAGUGUCUCUCUGGGAUCUACUCUACUCCAAAUACAUCACUGAGGAGAAGCGGAGAGACCUUGUGCAACAGUACAAGGCUGGAUCAAUCACAAAAGAGCGCUUUUUGGAAAUCAUCCUGACAAUCAUUGAGCAGCAUACACAAGACACAACCUCAUCAUCUUCUUCAAUUGUCAUGUCCCAACCACCAGAAACUAAAGCAGAUAGUAGCACAACAAAAACUACCAUCACCACUACAAUUACAGAAACUAGUGAAGUUGAAAAGUUCCAUGGAAUCAGAAAAGAUGUCUCUGCUACUGAGCUGCUCAAAUCCAAAAUCAUCGAUGAGAAGCUCUACAAAGAUCUUAGCGCUGGAAAAGUUACAGUAACAGAAGUAAGUGAAAUGGAUUCAGUGCGCAAAUACCUUGAGGGGACCAACAGCAUUGCAGGAGUUUAUCUUCAGUCCACCCACGAAACCCUCAGUAUCUAUGAAGCUAAAAGCAAAGGUCUGCUGACUCCAGGUACAUCUCUGGUUCUGCUGGAAGCCCAAGCUGCCACAGGCUUUAUCAUUGACCCAGUCAACAACAAAAAGCUUUCUGUAGAGGAAGCUGUGGCUCAAGGAGUGGUUGGGAAAGACUGGGAAAAAAAAAUGAUCUCAGCAGAAAAGGCAGUGACAGGAUACAAAGAUCCGUACACUGGAAAAACAAUUUCUUUGUUCCAGGCCUUGAAAAAAGAUCUCAUUGUGAAAGAUCAUGGAAUUCGUCUCCUUGAAGCUCAAAUUGCAACUGGAGGAAUAAUUGACCCAGUGCACAGUCACAGAGUGCCUGUACAAGUGGCAUAUGAAAGAGGUUACUUUGAUGAAGAAAUGAACCAGAUUUUAUCGGAUCCUGAUGAUGACACCAAGGGCUUCUUUGACCCCAACACUAAGGAGAACCUCACAUACUUCCAGCUGGUUGAGAGGUGUAUUACAGAUCCCAUUACAGGCCUCAGUUUACUUGUCAUUGUCAAGAAAGGAGAGUUUUACUUCUUUGUGGACGAGGCAACUAAACGUAUUCUGAAGUCUACAACAACAACCCGAGCUGGAGGAAAAUACAGAGGAAAAACUGUGACUCUCUGGGAUCUACUCUACUCCAAAUACAUCACUGAGGAGAAGCGGAGAGACCUUGUGCAACAGUACAAGGCUGGAUCAAUCACAAUAGAGCGCUUUUUAGAAAUCAUCCUGACAAUCAUUGAGCAGCAUACACAAGACACAACCUCAUCAUCUUCUUCAAUUGUCAUGUCCCAACCACCAGAAACUAAAGCAGAUAGUAGCACAACAAAAACUACCAUCACCACUACAAUUACAGAAACUAGUGAAGUUGAAAAGUUCCAUGGAAUCAGAAAAGAUGUCUCUGCUACUGAGCUGCUCAAAUCCAAAAUCAUUGAUGAGAAACUCUACAAAGAUCUUAGCGCUGGAAAAGUUACAGUAACAGAAGUAAGUGAAAUGGAUUCAGUGCGCAAAUACCUUGAGGGGACCAACAGCAUUGCAGGAGUUUAUGUUCAGUCCACCAAAAAGACAAUGAGUAUCUAUGAAGCUAAAAGCAAAGGUCUGCUGACUCCUGGUACAUCUCUGGUUCUGCUGGAAGCCCAAGCUGCCACAGGCUUUAUCAUUGACCCAGUCAACAACAAAAAGCUUUCUGUAGAGGAAGCUGUGGCUCAAAGAGUGGUUGGGAAAGAGUGGAAAAACAAACUGAUCUCAGCAGAAAAGGCAGUGACAGGAUACAAAGAUCCGUACACUGGAAAAACAAUUUCUUUGUUCCAGGCCUUGAAAAAAGAUCUCAUUGUGAAAGAUCAUGGAAUUCGUCUCCUUGAAGCUCAAAUUGCAACUGGAGGAAUAAUUGACCCAGUGCACAGUCACAGAGUGCCUGUACAAGUGGCAUAUGAAAGAGGUUACUUUGAUGAAGAAAUGAACCAGAUUUUAUCAGAUCCUGAUGAUGACACCAAGGGCUUCUUUGACCCCAACACUAAGGAGAACCUCACAUACCUCCAGCUGGUUGAGAGGUGUAUUACAGAUCCCAUUACAGGCCUCAGUUUAUUCCCACUACAGAAGUGAACAGCAAUUCGCUUCUUUAAUAACUGAAUAUAGCAUAAAAAAAAGCUUCUUUCUGAACUAAAAAAAAGAUACUUUAGAAGUUGUACUUAACAUGUGAAGACAAUAUACUGCAAUAUUAUCAUUACUAAAAUAUGAACCAGGAGAUUGAUUACAAAAGAACUUUGCCUAUUUGCUUUUAUUGUACAAUUUUGGAAGUGUAAUAAAUGCAUAUAUGGUUUUUUUUUAAAGAAAAAAACCCAUUUAUAAUUACCAAAGAAAAUGGAACAAUUGUUUUUAUUGUAGAAAGUGGUCACAGAACUGACAUACACAAUGGAAUUAAUACAUUUUUAAUUGAGAGACAUAAACCAAAGACUGUGCUUACAACCACUAUUGUAACCAAAAUUCAGCAUUUACAUUUAAUUUGCACCUAGUAAAGCUGAAAAUCCCGGCUUUAUAUAAAUCAAUAUACAUAGUAAAGAGGUCUUAAGUCUCUUUAUGUCUUUGCUUUUUAAAAUGUUGAAUUUUUAAUGCUGUUUUUAUGGUUUACCAUUUUUCAUGUUGUUGUGGGACAUAUGACUCUGUUUCUUUUACACUCAUGGAAGUAGUUGAGUCAAGACAGACCCAAGUUUAAUUAACCUAAAUGGGUAGUGCUGUUUCAAAUUUGGGCAAAAAUUGAAUGUGGGUACAUUUAAAAUACUUUUUUUGCCCUUGUUUUUGUUUAGUCUGUUAUUUGGCCCAAUAAACAAGUGAAUACUA